AUGGUAGAUGAACGGAAUGUCAUCUACGUGUUUUCCUUAAGUGUAGCAUUCACUUAUCCGCAACGAAUGUUUAAUUGUUUUAUUGCACUGAAAGUUCAUCCAUUUCAUACUCCAUUUCAUUUAGCACUCAAAACCCUUAAUUCCGAUGUCAUCCAAGUUCUUCUUGAUUCAUCUUCCUUUGACAUUUACAAAUUCAACGCUGCCCAAAAGGAAACGAAAUUGCCGAGCAACCUAUGGUACCUUGAUAUUCCAUUCAGCGACGUACAAUGUCAGGAUCACCACAACAAAUCAAAUAGCAAAAAAAAGUUAGACAAUAAUGACAGCAUUGAAGACAAGCGCGAGUCCAGUCUUACCCGCUCGACUUGGUCGCCGGGCUUUGGCAAAAAUAAGUUUAAAUGUUUUCUCAGCAUCCAGCAAGGUGUGGAGAAGAUGAUGGAUUGCUUGAAGGCCUCGACAAUAUGCAAUAUAAAAGAUUUUAUUGUCUUACAUUCCGUUGGAUUAACGUUUCCUAUAGAAAAAGUGUUUUCUCAGAUUGAGUUGAAGUUUCUGUCAAACCUGUACAUAAUUGGUCUUUCAUGCAAGGUUGACGAAAGUGAGUUAAAUAAUGUGCUGCAAAUGUUGUCUCUGCAAACUUUAGCCCUUUGUGAAAUUCAGUUGACUUCAUUUCCUGCUGGUAUUUUGAACAUGUCCUCGUGUCUUCGAGUGUUAAAAUUAUGUCGAAACUGUAUUUCCCAAUUACCUGAAUCAAUUGGAGAGCUGAUACAUUUACGCAUACUAUGUCUUGAUUUUCAGAAGCCUAAACUUAAAGUCCUUCCUAACUCGAUAUCAAAUUUAACAGAGUUACAAGUGUUAAGUCUUCGCGGAAAUGAAAUACAGCACAUAAGCUGGAUAAGGAAUUUUUUGUAUUUACAGGAUUUAAGACUCGAUAGAAAUGAAUUGCUUUCUAUAUCAGAAAUUGUCUACGCUAACUUCGGCCGUUUGAAUGUUUUGGAUAUUUCUUAUAAUUUCAUUGAAACCAUUCCAUAUACUGCAUCUGAUCUUAUAAAGAGAUUAAGACAUUUUGAAUAUUAUUGUUCAACGUUACGACCGUUAAAUAUCAGAAACGACGUAAAAAGUUUAAUACAUCACCUAGACCUACAUUCCAUUUUAACGUCUUCUACUUCUAACAAUUUAAAUGAGGGGAGAGAUAUCGUGAUAGCCGUAGUCGGGGAAUCAAACUCAGGAAAAAAAUCCUUAAUUGCUGCAUUGAGCGACGAGAAAGGUAUAUGUAGACAAGAUUUGAAGUUUAGAAACGAAGACGGAGGCAAUGUUCAACACCUGAAAUCAGAAUCGUUUAACAUAAGAGACGAUUCAAAUAUGUCACAUCACAUCACAAUGCUUCUUAUAGAUUCGGACUAUAUAAACACCUGCAUAAAAGAUUUCGAAUUCGAUGCGAUAUGUCUUACGUUUGAUUUAACAAUUUUUGAACCACAGAACGUAUCUCAACAAAUAUUUUUUAUGAGACAUAUUAUUGGAAUACAGAUCUGGUUGGAAACACUCUAUGAACUAUUUCCAAACACUCCGGUUAUAUUAAUUGGCACAAAAGCCGAACUGAUCAAACCAAUUUCGUUCUCAGCAAGUUUAAAAGCUAUAGAAGAAUUGAUAGAUAAAUUUAGACAAUGUCAUAAGCAAAACUAUUCCUCAGAAACGUGUUCAACGUGCUUUUUAUGUUCAACUAGAGCAAUUCUUUCGAGAUGCUUAAAAGUUAAAUCUUUGUCUAAAUUUGGCGUAAGUUGUGUUGAUUUUAGUUUAAGUUCGACUUACGGAUCACAUGGUCUUGUUGAUCAAACAAUUAGUACAACUGAUUCAAUCCUGAUGAAUCCUCAAAACUGCUGUUUGUCAGAUAUUCCCAAUUCAGAAAUGCACACAUGCUUUCCCCACAUUAUUGGAUACUAUGAAUGUGAUUCUCGAAAGUGUUUUCCAAAAGAAAAUAAAAAAACUAAUUCAGGAAUAGAUUGUCUUAGAAAGGCAUUUAUCCGUCAUUUUGCGAGUGACAACUGUCUGUAUUCUCUAAAAAAUAGCACUAAUGUGCUACCGAUGAAUUGGAUAUCUUUUGUUAAACACUUGAACCGUCUAUCGUGUACAAAUAAUCCACCUAUUGUAUUAUACGAUGAAAUCGUUUCAAUAUGCCGCAGCUUUGAUAUCGUGUUUUGGCAGAUACCACUGCUGUUGCGUUACUGUCAAAGUCGAUGUCAUCUAACAAUCCUGAAAGAAAGUGAAAACCACGAUGCUCAGUACGUCAUAACUCAGCCUAAUUGGCUUGUUAAACUUGAAAACUGCGUAUUGAACAGUUUAGAUAAUCCAUUGAUUUAUAAAUCAAAUCUAAAAAAUUUAAUUUCAAAAUCAAUUACAAAAAUUUGUUGCGACACCAAAAAAGUUUUAGAACAUAUCAAUGUCGCUAGGUUCAUCAGAUCGAUCAUGCAUUAUUUUUGUUUGACUAAUACUUGCUUAGAUAUAAAAACCGAAAUAUUUUUAUUUCCGAAACUUUUAAGAUCUGGCGACCCAUCGUCCAACAUAUGGAACGACAAACCAAGUCUUGAUGAAAAACAAAUUACUUGUGAAGUGAAUUUAGCAUCAUCUAAAAAUGAUACUUUCAUAAACUUAGUCAAAUCACUUCUCAGUGCAAAAGGAAUCGAUCAGUUGGGUGUUUUAGUACAUCCAAUCCCUGUGGUGUUACAGCAACAAAUAAUAUUUUACGUUAAAUCGGAUGUCGAGUCCUGUUCAGAUUGUUAUAAUUUUAAAUAUCUUAAUGUAAAAAAAUCUUGCAAUCCUACCCGAGGCGAGAACAUGUUGGAUUCUUGUAAUGUUUAUCAUAAACUAAAAAUAAAUAUAAGUGAUGAUCAAAAACGAAUUAGAAUUUGUGUUAGAGGUUCUCAACCUUGCUGCACUAUGAAAUUAACCUUGGAAUAUAUUUACUUGCAUGCUGGAGGAAAAAAUAUGGAUAUGACUACAAAGCCUAAUAUAAAACAAACAGCCAAAAAUUUGUCUUACAACACGGAUUUUUUUAAUUUUUCGUCUUCUGAUGUUAUUGAACGUAAAAAACUUUGUAAUUUUGAAAAUCAACAUUACAUUUUUUGCCCAAAAUGUAUUUUUUUCAAAAAAUCAAAUCCACAACCGAUAUAUUUUAAAGGUGUACUGUUGAAAAGAAAACCUGUUUGUGAUUAUUGGCAUCAUUUAGGUAGCUGGAGUAGAGCCAUGACAGGAAGUUAUAAAUCUUUUUCAAAUCCGUGCUACGUUGAAAAUAUUUUUUCUAAUGUCUACCCACCUGACAAUGAAUUUCCUCGAUUAGUCUUAAUUUUACCUUCUAGCAGCCAAAUUUGUAAAAAAGAAUGGCAAACGCAGUCUAAAACUCGAUUCAUGGAAGGAUUUGAAGUUCACUUUUUAUGCGAAAAUCCAACUUAUUGGCAUUUGGCUAAAGUUACAGGUUAUAGAAUUUUAAAUUCAACGAGGAAAAAAAACGAAGAACAUGUUUUUUGUCUUUUGAACAUGGCAAUGACCUUAAUACAAAUCGUUCAAUGCUGCAAUGAAUUUAACGGAUUUGCAAAAAUGUUACUGCCUAUUGCCCAAAUUUUCAUGAAUUUAGCCGAGUACAAAAAUGUUUUUGACAAUAAUAUAGAAAUUGAGGAUAACACUGAUAGUAAAGCAUACAAUUGUUAUUUAUGGUUGCUGAAAAAUAAAGAUCAACUCUCAUCAUUGAUGACCAAAUUUCUUAUGACAAUCGGCGAUGGAGUAACAGAUUUCUACUGUAAAAUUAAUGUUCCGUUAGAUAUUGAUAAUUUAUUUCAAGUGCCUACUUUUGGAAGUAGAUCAAAACUAGCUGAUUUUUUUCAAAUGGAUUAUACUUCAGGCAAUUUUGCAGAUUUGAUACCAGUGUAUUUAGGAAGAGAGUUGAGAUGGGUCUGCAGUGAUCAUUACAAUGACCUUCGUUCUUUUACAAGCCUUAUAAAUAAAUGA